GCCAUCUAUCUAUGUCCCCAAACCAGGAAGUUUUCUCACGUCAGAUGUGCCCUCGACAAAAUUCAAUCCAAAACCAGACUCGAGUUAAUCCAACUGCCAGACGACAACUUGGACACAUUUCCACGUUUGGAGAUCCGUAUGAGUAUGAGGAUACUAGUGAUGAAGAUGAGGAUGCUAGUGACGACGAUAGGAAGCUGGCAAUUGAGAAUUUUCACAAGCAUCAUCUGGUCCUAGUUGGGGAGAAGGAAGAGGAUCAUAAUUAUAAAUGCAAAAAACUAGUGUGUGAUAUGAACGCACACUUUUCACACAAAAACACACAGUGGGCGUAUAGAAGGCACACCUCUAGUCCUCCGCGAAUUGCCACCGCCGCCACAUCCUCCGUCCACACUCCAUUAAAGAGGUAGAAACAAGUUUGAAGCUUUACAAAUCAAAUAAAUGGUGGAUUAAAUUGAAAAUAAUUCAACCAUAGGUUGAGUUAUU